AGCGCACUUUGUGCAGUAGGGUGCACUGAAGUGCAGGUGCGUCACUUUUUGCUGCAUUAAACAAAGAACGAAGUGUGCCUUCUUGUAAUAAAAGUCCCCUUCUAAAGAAAAUACCUGUAUCGGUGUGUUUAAGUGCCAUGGUCAAGGUAUAACUGUCUUUUAACCUUGUUGAAGGACAGCUGUAUUUACUGACGUAUGUAAAUGAAUAUAGGGGAGGUCCUUGGGCAAAAAAAAAAAAAAAACAGCAGUGAAUCAGUUUCACAUUGCAGCUCCGGAGUUCCUGCGUGGAAGGAAAAACGAGACGUGGCGAAAUCUGCUCCGCAAACCAUGCAGGAUGAUUUACUGAUGGACAAAAACAAAGCCCAGCCUCACCAUCAACACGAUCCGACGCAAGUAGACCCUCCUCCCUCCACGCCGACCCCGUCAUCGGAGCCCACUUCUUCUUCAUCCGAGCCGGAGAGCCCGUCGACCGGCAGCAGCCAGGCAGCGGCUUCAGCGCUGAGCGGCGGCGGCAGCAGCCAGGACAAAGUGCCGAUGGAGUCGCCCAUCCUGCCCGGGCUGAGCUUCCACCAGCAGCCGCAGGAGACCGGCGGACCGCUCUCCUCUCCUUCCUCCUCGUUCGGGAGCACCUGGUCCACGGGCACCACGAACGCCGUGGACGACAGCUUUUUCCAGGGAAUACCGUCGGUGAACGGGACGAUGCUUUUCCAGAACUUCCCCCACCACGUCAACCCGGUGUUCGGGGGGAACUUCUCCCCGCAGAUCGGCCUGCCUCCGCAGUCCCAGCAGCAUCAACAGCAAGCCCCCCAGCAGCAGCCGCAGCAGCCGCAGCAGCAGCCCCCCCAGCAGCGACGGUCCCCGGUCAGCCCCAGCCAGGGCCCUUUCCCCCCGAGAAACGCUUAUCAGGCCAUCAUGAACAACGGCAAGGGCCCGUCCGCGUCCUCCGCGUCCUCCGCGUCCUCGUCCGCUUGGAAUAAUCACCAGAACGCAGCGUGGACCUCCGCCUCCAACCCCUGGAGCGGGCUGCAGGCGGGCCGGGACCCGCGCAGGGCGGUGGGCGUCGCGGUGGGGGUCGGCGUCGGAGUGCCGUCACCCCUCAACCCCAUCUCCCCCAUGAAAAAACCCUAUUCCAGCAAUGUUAUCGCUCCCCCCAAGUUCCCGAGAGCCGGUCCCCUCACCCCCAAGCCCUGGAUGGAGGACAGCGCGUUCAGGACUGACAACAGCAACAACAUACUGCCUUUCCAGGACCGGAAUCGGCCCUUUGAUGCUUUUAGCUUGCACUCUUUGGAGAAUUCCUUAAUGGAUAUGAUAAGGACUGACCAUGACAAAGGUAAACCACACCCUGCCGGUGGCCCCCCAAUGACUAUCGCUGAUAUUAUAUGGAGGAAUCAUUUUGCAGGACGUAUGGGCCUCAAUUUUCAUCAUCCUGGAGCAGACCACAUCAUGCCACUGAACACCCGGAGCUAUGGCCGCAGAAGAGGUCGUUCCUGCCUUUUCCCCUUUGAGGACGGCUUCCUCGACGACGGCCACGGCGACCCCUCCUUGACCCCGGGCCUGAACUCGCCCACCCGCUGUCAGAACGGAGAGAGGAUGGAGCGCUACUCCCGGAAGGUCUUCGUCGGAGGCCUUCCCCCGGACAUCGAUGAAGACGAGAUCACCAACAGUUUCCGGCGCUACGGGCACCUGGUGGUGGACUGGCCCCACAAAGCCGAGAGCAAGUCCUACUUCCCACCUAAAGGCUACGCCUUCCUGCUGUUCCAGGAGGAGACUUCUGUUCAGGCCCUGAUAGACGCCUGCAUAGAGGAGGAUGGCAAACUCUACCUGUGUGUAUCGAGUCCCACCAUCAAAGACAAACCGGUCCAGAUCCGUCCCUGGAACCUGAGCGACAGUGACUUCGUCAUGGAUGGCUCCCAGCCUCUGGAUCCCCGCAAGACCAUCUUCGUUGGGGGGGUACCGCGGCCCCUACGCGCAGUGGAGCUGGCUAUGAUCAUGGACCGGCUGUACGGAGGCGUCUGCUACGCCGGCAUCGACACCGACCCGGAGCUGAAAUACCCGAAGGGGGCCGGCCGCGUGGCUUUCUCCAAUCAGCAGAGCUACAUCGCUGCCAUCAGCGCUCGCUUCGUUCAGCUGCAGCACAAUGACAUCGACAAAAGGGUGGAGGUGAAGCCGUACGUCCUGGACGACCAGAUGUGCGACGAGUGCCAGGGGGCGCGCUGCGGGGGGAAGUUCGCACCCUUCUUCUGUGCCAACGUCACCUGCCUGCAGUACUACUGCGAGUACUGCUGGGCCAGCAUCCACUCGCGGGCCGGCCGGGAGUUUCACAAGCCACUGGUGAAGGAGGGGGGCGACCGCCCUCGACACGUGUCCUUCCGCUGGAGCUGAGGCAUGGGGGGGUGGGAUUUUCAAAUAGGCCCCGUCCCUCUCCACUGCAGCAAGCCACCCUCCCCACCCAAACACGCCCAGAUCUGGAAGAAAACAACAACAACAACAACAACAACAACAACAAAAAAGCCUUGGAAUAGCACUGCAAACCCGCCCUGCUCCCCAUCACACACCUCUACGGGAAAGUAGCAACCUAACAGGACCUUGUUCAUACGACGCAGCGCUGAACUCAUCCUCUAGGACCCCCCCUCAUAAAGCUCGGUGGGGGAAUCAGCUUAGAAUUUGCACUUUGGCACAAAAUUUCACUUAACACACACACACACACACACACACACACACACACACACACACACACAGGAUCAUGUAUUUAACACCUGGCUACUUUCAGGUCCAUGUUCAGUCGACCGGUGGUGAGAUGAACCCCUCUACACACACACGUACUCUCAGACACACACACACACUGAGUCGGAGGUGGGACCAGACGAUUAUUUAAAAAAGAAAAAAGUAUAUAUUUUUUGUUUUGUACCUAUCUAUACAUAUAUAGAUAAUUUAAAUUUUAUGUAAAAAGGAGCAUGCACUUAUUUUCAGCAGCUGUAAUUAAAUUGCCCCUAGUAGAGAAAAAAAAAAAAUUACCAAAGGAAAAUUAAAUUAAUGCAUACAGAUAAAAAAAAAAAAAAAAAAGGUGGCAAAAGAUGUAGCAAGAUUAACCAACUAUCCAGUAGUGAGGGCUCUUCUCGCCUCCCAGAGUAAAAACAGCAGGUGUAUUCAGUCUCGAUCCUGACUCUGGAAAAGAUUACCUCAUACACGCAAUCAGAUUAGUUUGCUUUGGAUUUCUAGGUCUUUAUUUUUGUAAUAACAUAAUUUUUUUAGUGUUAUGUAAAUGUAAUGCUGCAAUAGCUUUGCUGCUAAGAAAUCCGUGGUAUAAACAGAUACCAUACCUACUUUAUUCAGGCUGGGCUGUGAAAAUAAGAAACAACAGACAGGCACCUGGGUUAGUGUGCGAGGUGGAGGUGGAGGGGGUGGGGGCGCCUCCCCCCAGGCCAGGAUGAUGGGCGAAGGGCGGGGGGGAUUUGGGAUUGGCCCGAACUGCAUGUUUCUUUCAAUCAGGUUGCUGCAUGCAAUAGACUCUUCGAUACCAUGUCUACUAUUCGAUUCUGCCCAUGUUUGCACAACACAACUUAUAGACGUACGUUUGACUCGCACGAGACUGGACAAGAGGAAUCAUGGCAACCCUCGCCCCCCCCCCCCCUCUCCAUCCACCACCCCGCCCCACCCGCCUCGCCCAUCCUCAAAGCCUGCGUCGCCCGGAGGCGUCGCAGAGAGGGGCUUCCCGCACAAGACGACAUGAAGGGAGGGGCGCCGGGGGCAAGAGAAAAAAAAAUCAAAAAACAGGAAAAAAAAAAAACAAACAAUAAUCA